UACGGCGUCUGCUAUGGGACAUGCUAUGAUUUACUAUGGCAAGUAAUGAUUUUGUCGUCUUUUAAUUACAGUGAAUGACUUGUGAACAGCCAGCUGAGGGGUUUAUACAUCGAAAUGGCUUGAGGAUUAAGUUGUGUGAAGUAACGCAAUAAAGUGAGUUGUUGCUGGGCUGUAAUGUAAAGUAACGGUAGUUUGUGGCCGCAGGCAGCGUCGGACUUUUUUUUCUGGGAACAAUUCAGUCCAUCCGGUGAGUGAAGGUCUAACCGGGUCCCUGAAACAAUAACUUAUUAAUUAACAAACAAGAAACAGGAGAAUGAAGUGCAAUAUCAAGAGCAGCCCUCCACUGCAGGAUGUUAUGGUGCUCAUUCACCAACGUUAGCAUGCUCUUAAAGAGAAUUACUGGCGUAUAAACGGGGCCAAGUAUCCUGCAGCAGGUCCUGGAAACUGUAAGGACUUUGGUGAACAAAACGUGAGGAGAAAAGGCUCGCUGGAAGUCUGCUUGUGCCUUGAAUUUUCUGUCCCAGGCAGCAGCCAUGGAGGAGGAGGUGAGCAUGGAGUUUUUGCUGGAGCAGGUGAUGCAGAAGGACCUGGGGAAGAGGCUCCAGGUGGGCCAGGAGAUCAUGGAGCUCAUCCUGGACGAGGAGAAGUGCCCCGACAUGGAGCAGGACCAGACCGUGCUGGACAGGAUGGUGGACACAGUGGCCAGCUCCUGGGUCAACUCCAGCAACUUCAAGGUGGUUUUAUUUGGGAUGGACAUCCUGUCCGCUCUGGUCACCCGACUGCAGGAGAGAUUCAGGACGCAGGUUGGAACAGUUCUACCGAGCCUCAUCGAUCGGUUAGGAGACGCCAAGGACCAAGUUCGAGACCAGGACCAAGCGCUGCUGCUGAAGAUUAUGGACCAGGCUGCUAACCCACAGUAUGUGUGGGAGCGAAUGAUGGGAGGCUUCAAGCAUAAGAACAACAGGACCAGAGAAGGACUCUGCCUCUGUCUCAUCUCAACCCUAAAUGUGUUUGGAUCUCAGAGUCUGACGCUCAGUAAAAUCGUUCCUCACAUCUGUAACCUCCUCGGAGAUCCCACAAGUCAGGUGCGUGACGGAGCCAUGAACUGCCUCGUAGAGAUAUACCGCCACGUCGGAGAACGAGUGAGAAUGGACCUGGGAAAGAAGGGUCUGCCUCAGUCACGGCUAAACGUCAUCUUCAGUAAAUUUGACGAAGUUCAGAGGUCAGGGAACAUGGUCCUUUCACCUGUGUCAGACAAAAACUUUGAGGAUGAUGACUCGGGGGACGGCGGCCGCUCCUCGUCCUCUUCCAAAGGAGCCUCGCUAUCUGGGAAGAAGACGGUGAGCAUGGGUUCAUUUCGACGCCCCGCCUCCAGCACCAAGUCUGCAGGGAGGGAUGGGUCUGGUGCUGGAGCUGUGGACGAAGAGGACUUCAUUCAGGCCUUUGAGGACGUCCCCACAGUGCAGAUCUACUCCAACAGGGAGGUAGAGGAGGCCAUGACGAAGAUCCGAGACGUGCUGUCAGACGAUAAGAGGGACUGGGAGCUCAGAGUGGCAGCUCUAAAGAAGGUGCGUUCGCUGCUCCUGGCCGGUGCAGUGGAGUUUGAUGGGUUUCCGCAGCAGCUGCGGCUCAUGGAAGCAGCGUUCAAACUGUCCGCCAAGGACCUCCGCUCUCAGGUGGUCAGAGAGGCAUGCCUCACUCUGAGCCACCUGUCGUUGGUGCUGGGCAGUCGGUUCGACCACGCGGCAGAGGCCAUCAUGCCAACCCUCCUCAACCUGGUCCCCAACAGUGCCAAAGUCAUGGCUACCUCCGGCAUUGCCACUAUCCGCCUCAUCCUCCGACACACACACUACCCACGUCUCAUCCCCAUCAUCACCAGCAACUGUACCUCCAAAUCUGUGGCUGUCAGAAGGCGCUGCUUCGAGUUCUUGGACCUGCUGCUGCAGGAGUGGCAGACGAACUCUCUGGAGAGACAUGGAGCAGUGUUGAUGGAGACCAUAAAGAAAGGUGUCCAUGAUGCAGAUGCAGAGGCUCGCUCUGUGGCAAGAAAGUGCUACUGGAGUUUUCACAGUCACUUCAGGCGGGAGGCGGAGCAGCUGUUCCAGGGCCUGGAGGCGUCCUAUCAGAAAGCUCUGCAGGCUCACUUGAGGAGCGGAGACAGCCUGGUGUCGCUGCCCGCCUCAGAUCGCUCCUCCUCCUCUUCCCAGGAGAGCCUCAAUCGACCGCUGUCUGUAAAAAACACCUUUGGAAGCGGGACAACAAGAUCCAAAGCUUCCCACACCAGGACGCCUGCUGCAGCCUCUUCUCCAGGCUCCCUCCAGCGCUCUCGCAGCGACGUGGACGUCAACGCGGCGGCCACUGCCACUGCCCGCACCAGGAUGCCCGCCGUGUCCUCUGCCAUGCAGUCGUCGGCUUCACCCUUCAGCUCGGCCUCGGCCCUUCCCCCUGGAUCCUACGCUUCACUGGGUCGAGUACGAACCAGAAAAACGAGUUCAGGAAACGGUCCGUCUGUGACAGACAGCCGGGGAAGAAGCAGAGGGAAAGUCGUCUCGCAGUCUCAACCCGGCAGCAGGUCAGGUUCUCCCGGCCGCCUGCUAAGCUCCACCUACGGCAGGAUCCCGAGGCCGACCAUGGGCACCGCCCUCGCCACCACCAACAGCACUUCUACUGGCCUGAGCGACAAGAGCCGGCCCCGAGGUCACCGCAGCCAGGGCUGCAGCCGAGAGACCAGCCCCACCAGAUCAGGAACAGCCCGGAGCCGAAUCCCCCGACCAAGCAUGAGUCAGGGCUGCAGCCGCGAAACCAGUCGCGAGAGCAGCCGCGACACCAGCCCCGCCAGGGGUUUCUCCCCCCUGGUGACUCGACGUCACUCCCGUUCAACCAGCGCCCUGUCCUCUGCAGAGUGCUACUCAGACCGGCUGUCUCAUCAGGCUCGGAUCUCGGCAUCCGUCAACGCCAUGAAAAUCCUCAACACUGGCACCGAUGUCGAGGCUGCCGUCGCUGACGCUCUGCUCUUAGGAGACUCGAGGAGUAAGCGGAGGCCGGUGAGGCGGCGCUUCGAGUCACCGGGAAUGUACUCGGACGACGACGCCAACAGCGACGCCUCCAGUGCUUGCUCCGAGCGCUCGUACAGCUCACGCAACGGCGGCGUGGCACCGCACUACCUGCGUCAGACGGAGGACGUGGCCGAGGUGCUGAACCACUGCGCCAGCGCCAACUGGUCUGAGAGGAAGGAGGGCCUGCUGGGACUGCAGAACCUGCUCAAGAGCCAAAGGAUGCUCAGUCGCGUGGAGCUGAAGAGGCUUUGUGAGAUCUUCACCAGGAUGUUUGCAGAUCCUCACAGCAAGAGAGUCUUUAGUAUGUUCCUGGAGACUCUGGUGGACUUCAUCACGCUGCACAGGGACGACCUGCAGGACUGGCUCUUUGUCCUGCUCACUCAGCUGCUGAAGAAGAUGGGGGCCGACCUGCUGGGCUCCGUCCAGGCCAAAGUCCAGAAGGCCCUGGACGUCACCAGAGAUUCUUUCUCAUACGAGCAGCAGUUCAACAUCCUGAUGCGUUUCAUCGUGGAUCAGACGCAGACGCCCAACCUGAAGGUGAAGGUGGCCAUCUUGCGCUACAUCGAGGCGCUCGCCCGUCAGAUGGACCCGGCCGACUUCGUCAACUCCAGCGAGACACGCCUCGCUGUCUCUCGCGUUAUCACCUGGACGACCGAGCCCAAGAGCUCCGACGUCCGCAAGACCCUUCAUAGCUGGGCAGGGGAGGAUUUCUCAGGCCGACCCAGCACCGUGGCCUCUCUGCCAGGAGAGGGCAACCUGGAGGAGAGGUGCAAGCAGGCGGCCCAGGUGGUGCUAAUUGCCCUGUUUGAGCUGAACACGCCGGAGUUUACCAUGCUGCUCGGUGCUUUGCCCAAAACCUUCCAGGACGGGACCACCAAACUGCUGCACAACCACCUGAGGAACGCCAGCGCCAACAGUGGCAUCAGCAUGGCGUCUCCCAGUAACUCGGCAGGCCGGACGCCUCCGCGGCCGCCCAGCAGCCGCAGCAGCCCGCUGACCUCGCCCACCAACUGCUCCCAUGGGGGUCUUUCUCCCAGUCGGCUGUGGGGCUGGAGCGCAGACGGGCUCUCCAAGCUCCCUCCUCCACCCUUCCCCUCCCCUCUUCCUCCACCCACUGCCCACUCCUCCGUCAAGGCAGUGCGGCGAGCUUACUCACCCAGCAUGCUGGAGUACGACAGUGAAAACCUGAACUCAGAGGAGAUCUACAGCUCUCUCCGCGGCGUCACCGAGGCCAUCCAGAACUUCAGCUUCCGCAGCCAAGAGGACCUGAUGGAGCCACUGAGGCGAGACGGCAAGAGGGACGGCAUGUCCGGAGUCGGGGCGUCCUCAGAGCUCGGCGGUGAGGUGGUGGGGGGAGGACGCACAGCCCUAGACAACAAGACGUCUCUGCUGAAUACGCCUUCGCCGCGCUCCUUUGCCGGCCCGCGCUUCAGAGACUACAACCCGUACAACUACACGGACAGCAUCAGCACACUGGACAAAGCUUCCCUGAAGGAGGCGCUGUUUGAGGACGCCGUAGAGCAGCUGCGAGACGGCAGCAGACAAGAAUGUGUGGAAAACAAGAUCGUGAACCCCAAAAGCUUCCCUGCCGUCCCUGCUGAGCAGCUGCAGCUGGUCGGGGAGCUGCUGAAGGAGCUCUCCCAGGGCCAGGCAGGGGAGCGGGGCCCCGAGGACCGACGGGGGACUCUGCUGGAGCUGUUGAAAGUGGCCCGAGAGGACAGCCUGGUGGUGUGGGAGGAACACUUUAAGACGAUGCUGCUGCUACUGCUCGAGACGCUGGGGGACAAAGAUCACACGAUCCGGGCGCUGGCCCUGCGUGUCCUGAAGGAGAUCCUGAGGAAUCAGCCGGCCCGCUUUAAGAACUACGCUGAGCUUACCAUCAUGAAGACGCUGGAGGCUCAUAAAGACUCCCACAAAGAGGUGGUGCGUGCGGCAGAGGAAGCGGCCUCCACGCUGGCGGCCUCCAUCCAACCGGAGCAGUGCAUCAAGGUCCUCUGUCCCAUCGUGCAGACUGCAGACUACCCCAUCAACCUGGCCGCCAUCAAGAUGCAAACGAGGGCCAUUGAACGCAUCGCCAAGGAGCCGCUGCAUCAGCUGCUGUCUGACAUCAUACCUGGACUCCUGCAGGGCUACGACAACACAGAGAGCAGCGUGAGGAAGGCCAGCGUCUUCUGCCUGGUGGCCAUCUACUCUGUGAUCGGAGAGGAGCUGAAGCCUUACCUCGCUCAGCUGACCGGCAGCAAGAUGAAGCUGCUCAACCUGUACAUCAAGAGGGCCCAGACCUCCACCAGCAACAGCAGCAGCUCCUCCGACAUCUCGUCCUACUAACACUAACAUCACCUUCGUUUCAGUUUUCAUUCCAACAGCCAAUACAAACAGGAUCAUGAUUAUCUAGAUUUUCAUCAUCUUCUCAUCCAACUUUUCCAAAUUCUUCCCAUUUCAUUCCGUCAGCCGUUGAUGAAGCUGAAGUCGUCUUCGUGGCUCCAGUUUCUGGACCAUCUUCUUGAAAGCGUAGCCAGUUUUUGGGAGAAAAGUUGGCAGCUUUGAUAAAGAACCAGGCCCCCCUUUCUCUUUCACACUAACGCUAGCGUCAUGAGCCUUAAAACGUUAUCUUCCUUCGAUGUACGGUGGAACCAAGGUGAUCGUAGAAACCAUUCUUUCCUCUCCUCAUUUCACCAUCUUCUUUGUCAAUCGGAUCUGAAGUGAUCCUGAGAAAUAUUUAAUGUUACUUUAGCACCGAGACCAUCUCCUCUAACUUAUAAGAGGUGAAAUCGUGAAAGAGUUUUUGUUUUUCCCUCCUCUUAUUGCAGGAGGAAACCUGUGGCUAUCAGUAUUUUUAUUCAUUUUUAGUACCUUUAAUCCACUUCUUUGAACUAUUUUUUUGCUUUGACACAUCAAACCUUAUUGUAUAUUGAAUGUAAAGAGCUUUGAAUGGAUCUUACCUGUAUAUCUCCUUCCUGAACUACUGCCUCAUUGUACCCGGUGGAUCAAUCUUAAAAGGUGUUGGGAUGUUUUCCAAUUUGACAAGUGCAAAGAAAGUGUUAAAAAAUGGCACUAUAGUCUUUAAAAGGCUAAAUUCAAGAAGAUGAUUAAUAUGUCAAAAAUAAUGAGCUUUGAUUUAGAAAUUCGACACCUGUUGAUGAGUAAAAUAGUAGGAGAAUGUAACUUUCCUGCUGUGGCACUUAUUAAUAGAAUAGCAAUAUGUGUAAGCGUUAAAUAAAAAUGUGAAAUCCAAGUUCAUGUUAGUUUACAUUAAAUGAUCAUUUGGCUGGCCAAUGAUUUUAAGCACUACAAUGAUUUUAUUAUUUUGGGCCCAACUACCAGCAGAAGUAGAUAGAUCAGUGUUAUUUAAAGAAAAACAAAUCUUAAUAAGGACUUAAUUUGUUCUGUGUGACACCUAUCAGUUAAAUUCCCUUUUAAAAAUCUAUAAUAGAUAGACUACACUUUAUAAUGUUUUAAUUAAACUACUAGAUGUUUUACACAGGGUUUAACACUACGUGUGAACAGGGUAAACAUAUCACCAGCUGAUUACUGACAUUACUGCUAUAAAUUAGAGACAAACUUUAGGAGAAAUCUACGGACACAAAUAGACAAAGUGUGGAAAAAUAAAUGUUUUUCUUUCCACUAGUCUGAAAGAAGACCUGUUAUGGAAGAUAAAGAGCACAAAAUUCCUAGAUUUUUAUGUCCAAACUAUCGCCUGAAGCGUAUAUCAUACUCUACACUUUUUGGAAAUAUUUGUAAACAGAAAGCAGAAUAAAUUAUUUGAUAAAUGUUAAUAUUUGAAGAAAAGAGUCAGCUUUAAUCUUCUGAAGAAGUAAAAUCAUAAAUAGUUGCCUUGCCUUAAAAAACUAUAAUAGAUAAUACACUUUUAGUAAUUAGUAUUUCAUAAAUCUACCUGGAUUGAAAAGUGUACUUGAUGUUUUUGCACAGACUUUAUGUAAUAUAUUUACAAAUUAUUCCUCCGAUCUCUUGUAUAUUGGCUUUGACAACAGCUGAAAGAUGAAUAAUUUUUAUGUUAAAGUCGAGUAUGAUUUGAAUCAUAACUUGCGUAAUUUAAAGUCUUAACAAGCUGUAGGAGAGGAAAGUUUUAGUUAGCAACUGUCGUUGAACACACACAUUGUCCAGAACUAUUAGUUUAUAAUAUUAAUAUUAUAUUACGUAUAUUAAAUAAUGUUAAGUUUAUCGCUAAUGAAAUAUCUUAAUUAAAGUGGGUCUAUUUAUUUAUUUUUUGAACAACAAACAUCUGAUUCUAUUCAUGAACAAACGAGAUAAAUGUAUGGUUAUUCUUCAUACACACAUAACUUUUUUUAAUUAUGUAUGUAGGCCACAAAUACAAGUCUCAUUUAUUAGAAUUAUUACACUUUAAAUCGCAAAUAUUUGACAGAAAAAUGACUCUUACGUAUUGUCCUCAAAUGUUUGCCUUUCCGUUUACCCUGAGAUUUAAAAAGCUGACUUUUAUUCGCGUUGUGACAUCAUUUCAAUUCAUAAAAUUGGAAAUAGUUAAAUAAAACAUUGUAGUUGUCAUGCAAAGUGUUACUGGUAAGAUAGUUGGGACCAAACACAGUCACACAAUCUCCUCAUCAACAAAUAGGACAGCUGUUUUCAUGUAAAGAAAAGUAGUUUUUAAAUUAGUUGAAUCAGCAAAAAGAAAUAUCCAGUAAUUGGCUAUUGGACAACAUUUUUAAUUUACAUUUAUUUGAUUGAUUGAAAAGGAUUAUUUAACCAAUAAGUGUCACAUGGAACUACUUUGUCAUCUAUACUGUAUAUAUUUAAAAUCAUACGGUGAAUUUGUAGUAACUCAGCUGAGAAAUAACAAUUAAGGAUUAUUAGAAAAAUUAAGUAAAACCACUAAAAGACAGCGGUGAUGUUUUUCUCUGCCGUCUGUGACGCUAAAGGCCCAGUUGGGUCUAAACUGGGAGUUUAUUGGUUUAGAUGUCUGCUGUCUUACAGGCUACACUACUGUGAUUUGUUGAGUUUCAUUCCAAAAAUACUGUAAUAUAUAUGUAUGUUAUAUAUUACUCUUAAAAAGGUCAAGAUCAAAGUUUCAAAAAUAGUAUAACUGUUUACAAUGUAUUCUUGUUUUAAAGAGAUGGUUUAGCAGUUUGAGGAAGACACUCCUCUGCAUCAGUUGUUCCUAAAUUGAAUGUAAGUCACUUGGACCUUUUCAAAAUGUGAAAUAUUUUACCUAAAUCUGACCGAGAGACUGACAAUCUGAAUGAUUAGAUGCUUCUAAAAGCUAAUUGAUGAAUUGUGAAAAGUGCCAGCGUUACGAGAAAAAGAAACGAGAAUGAAAGAGAUCUUUGGACAUUAGCAAUAAACUCUGAGAUUUUCACGUCGAAGCACUGUAAAUUUACAUUUAUGUGUUCCUCCUUUGAGACGUUCUCGCUGGUCAAUGUACAGAAGUGUCUUUUUUUUUUAUUUUAAAGUGCACCUAUGAUGAAAUGUUACCGCUGCUUAUUAUAACACUAACAAACGCGCCUAAUAACUCCAGUGUGUGUACUGUAUCUCAGCAGGAAGGUGCAGUUACGAUGAUGGAGAACGAGACUUAAUGACUGAACACUGAAAUCUUUAAAAUCCUCUGACCGGUUGAACCUUUCCUGGUGCUAAACUCCACCAGUCUGGCGCACAAGGGAAGUUAAAACAAACGCUACAGAGGUAGUUUAAGUCAUGUUAAAGGAAUACUUUGGAAAAGACGAUAUAAGAUUAGAAGAUUGAAACCACUCUCGUCGUGUUUGUACGGUAAAUAUAAAGCUGCCGCCUGUUAGCUUAGCAUAGCAUAAAGACUGAACACAGACAGCCUGGUUCCAGAUAAUUUGAUUAAUCACGAAGUUGUUAGUUUUUUGCACCACUAAAGUACAUUUGUCUUGUACAUUGUCUUGUAGAAUGUAGUUAACAACCUUAACGUUAUGAAACUACUUCAAUUCUUUAACUGUGAAUACACAGAAAACCUACUGUGUGUAUACUCUGUAACGCUGCAACAAAUGAUUGUUUUCAUUAUCAACAGGUGUAGUAAUUAUUUUCUUUAUUUAUCUAGUGGUUGUUUAUUGUACAACAUUUUAGAAAAUAAUGAAAAAGGAACUUCACAUUCAGAUUUGUCUGACCAAAAGUCA